ACCGGAUGUACACUUUAUGCACUGAUCGAACGAGCCUAGCUGGCCUAGCCUCGUUCGUUGUUUUUCCGGUUCAGUUUUGUGAUCGAGAGUAAGCUCCCGGUUUCCGGUCUUUUUCAUCUUGAAUUUGGAAGCAAUGGCUGUCGGCAAGAAUAAGGGGCUGUCGAAAGGUGGCAAAAAGGGCGUCAAGAAGAAGAUCGUCGAUCCGUUCACCCGCAAGGACUGGUACGAUGUUAAGGCGCCGACCAUGUACACGGUCCGUAACAUUGGAAAGACGUUCGUCAACCGAACGCAAGGCACAAAGAUUGCCUCGGAAGGGCUGAAGGGCCGCGUCUUCGAGGUGUCCCAGGCGGACUUGACGAACGGCGAGGAUGCCUACCGCAAGUUCCGACUGAUUGCCGAGGAGGUGCAGGGGCGCAACGUCCUGACCAACUUCCACGGCAUGGACCUGACCACAGACAAGCUGCGCUCCAUGGUCAAGAAGUGGCAGACGCUGAUUGAGGCCACGGUCGAUGUGAGGACAACGGACGGCUACCUGCUCCGCAUGUUCUGCAUCGGCUUCACCAAGAAGUGCGCCAACCAGCUGAAGAAGACCUGCUACGCCCAGCACAACCAGGUGCGGCUAAUCAGGAAGAAGAUGACUGAGAUGAUGGUGGUGGAGGUGUCCUCUUCCAAUCUCAAGGACGUAGUGAACAAGCUCAUUCCAGGGAGCAUCGGCAAGGACAUUGAGAAGAGCUGUCAGCACAUCUACCCCCUGCACGACGUGCUCAUCCGCAAGGUCAAGGUGCUCAAGAAGCCCAAGUUCGAGCUGGGCAAGCUCCUAGAGCUGCACGGUGAAGGCACCAGCAAGGGUGGCGCGGCAAGCACUGCGGCGGUCGCAAAGGGAGAGGAAGGAGUCAAGGUGGAUCGGCCCGAAGGUUACGAGCCCCCAGUCCUCGAGACUGUCUGAGAGCCUUGUUUCAAUAAACAAGUUUCAUGGGUGCA